GUGAAAUCGGUGCUGCCAGGAGGCUUGGCGGCUGAAGAUGGAGUUCUGCAACCAGGUGAUGUGCUGGUAAGAGUGAAUGGCGAAUUAUUGCUUGGAGCAUCUCAGUCGGAUGCCUGUCGAAUUUUCGUCAACAUCCCUGUUGGCGAUCCGGUUGCCAUACAAGUGUGUCGCGGUUAUCCGCUCAUGUUGGACCCGUCGAAUAGGAUAAUCACCGAAAACGUUUAUCAAACGGGUGGCAGAAGUCGGGAUUUACACGAAAUCGAAAUCAUCAAAGGAUCGGAAGGAUUCGGGUUCACAAUCGCUGACAGUGCUACGGUACGGUCAACGAGUGAAAAAGAUCCUGUAUCCGGAACAAUGUGCGAACCUUCUCGAGGUGAUACAAUCGUUGAGCUGGAUGGGCGAAAUGUUCGAGCUGUACCUCAUACACAACUUGUCGAUCAUGCUCAGGGAAUGCCCGGUAGCCAUCGAGGUCGACUGGUGGUCAGGCGCAGUUCACCGAAACACAGGUGA